GCCUAACCAAAUGCCAAAUGAAUCAGUUCCAAUGUCGAUUAUGAAGUGCGCAAGUGUCCUCGUUUUAUGGCCUUUGCUGCAGACAGCUUUGGUCCUGGCAUCAGAGUCCUGUCUAUAUUGUCGCGGUAUUAACUGCCAGAGAAGCAGCUACCAAGCCACAGAACAAUGCGUGAAUCAGCUGGACGCGUGUAUAAGUGUCUUCCAGGGCGGCAUGAUUCAGGCUCAGGGCUGUCUGGAAAUGCUAGAAGACAGCUGGAGGCAACAUUGUGAAAACCAACAGAAAAAUAAUGCACAAUGUGAGAUUUGUGUGACCGACAAAUGCAAUAAUGCGGCUUCCAGUCGGCUUUCAUGUUUGCAGUGCCUGGACACUGAGGAUGAACGUUGUAGCACUGCACCCGAGCAGCUUACGCCACAAACCUGUGCAAUAUCUCACAGUGGACGCAAUCUUUGCUAUGCCAGCAUCAAGGAUCAACGAAUCCAACGAGGUUGCUCUCUCACCAUGUCUGAGCAGCGCUCUUGUCUAGCCGAUGUCAAUUGUCAGCUGUGCGAUCCUUCAGAAAUCCCAAAUUGCAAUAAUCAGCUCAUCGUAGAAACUAUUGUGACAACAGAGCCACCGACGUCAACUAGCAGCAGCACUAGCAGCAGCACCAGCAGCAGCACCAGCAGCAGCAGCACCAGCAGCACCAGCAGCAGCACCAGCACCAGCAGCAGCACCAGCACCAGCAGCAGUACCAGUACUUCUUCGACGACCUCAACAACCACAGAAGUACCCACCAACCCCCCUACGGCCAAACCUAAUGGCGCUUCAAGCUUUGGUGUUGAAAACGCUUUUGCUUUUCUGGCUGUUUCUCAGCUGGUUUUUAUUAUUAUAUACCUGUAAUAAAUAACGCCGGGAAAUUACGCUGUGUUAAAUUCUA